GCGUGACGUUGGCUGUUACUUAUUCAAACUCUGAGACAUCUGACCAAAUCAAGUCCUGCUGCCGCUGCGGAUUGAUCUGGAUAUACAUUAGGUCUUUGUCUUACCUUCAGGACCGUCUGCCAGGUGCACAGCCCUGACCAGACGCAGGACCACAAUAGUAAACAUGAAGAGGGAGGACUUCAUUUUUCAAGCUCUCCUCUUAAUCCACAUCCCGAUGGUCUGCCUCUUCACUGCAGUGUCUGCUCAGUCUGACAGCAGCAGCAGUGUGGUGGUGGCCGGGUAUAAUGUAAGCGCUCCCGCUGGGUCCAAGGUGGUGCUGCAGUGUGUGAGCGGCCGCAUGGUGUGGACCAGGGACAGGUUGAGGGACCGGCAGAGGGUGGUCCACUGGGACAUGUACCGGGCCCGUCCGGACUACGUCAUGGAGAGGGUGCUGGACAUGUUCUCCACAGGGGAGCAGAGGAUCUACAACUCCUACAACCUGGACAGGGUUGGCCUCAGCCAGAGAGCCUUCAGGGAGGGGAACUUCUCUCUCGUCAUCAAAGACGUGACGAUGAACGACAGAGGCCUGUACUCUUGUAACCUCCACCAUCUCUACUGCCACCUGUACGAGACAAUCAGAGUACAGCUCAACGUCACCAAGUCACGUCGUAAAGAGCAGCGCUUCUGGGAUGGACAAAAGGCGGUGUACGUGGUGCUGCUUGGUAGUACUGUGGUGCUUCCCUGCAUAAACCGGCGUAACGUGUGGACGGACUGGAGCGACGAAGAGGAGGACCAACAGGUGGUCCACUGGGACCAGCAGUCCCCAGGAGUUCGCCACGACCGCGCUGACCGCUUGGUGGACUUGUACGCCUCUGGGGAGCAGCGAAGCUACGGACCGCUGUUCCUCCAGAGGAAGAUGAACAUCAGCAAUCGAGCCUUCGCAGAGGGAGACUUUUCUCUUUCCAUAUCUGAUCUGCAGCCCAGAGACCAGGGGAUGUAUUCCUGCCACCUCCACCACCAUUACUGUGGUCUACAUGAGAGGAGAGAGUUUCAGGUCACAGUGGAAGCACCAGUGAUUCAGACCACACUGCCAGCCAAAGCACUGCCCAAUGAAGACAAAGACACCACUAAGGCUGAGUCACCGCGAGUCAUCAAUGUUAUUCUGCCCGACCAGAGGCACCACUUUCUCAUGCCGCUGGGCUACGUCCUCACCUCCUUCCUGCUCCUGGCAUUCAUUAUCCUCAUCAUCAUCCUCAUCACACGCAGACGGAGAACCAAAGAGUUUUACCCGCAGUCAUCCAUUAGGUCCAUAAGAAGUCAGAGCAGCUCGGAAGAGCUUGAGAUGGACGUUACUGAAGUGAACGUGUGCAGCCGGGAGGAGAGAAGAUUUGACUACAAAAACAACCUGCUGAAAGAGAAGGUCCACACGAACACUCAGCCUAAAGUCAUUGAUCUUGACAAAGAGAUGCAGAAAUUCUCCAAGUGAGGAAAAGUGAGACUGGAGUCACUGGCUGGCCAGAGGCUGCACACAUUUAACAGCUCCACACUGCCUUCUGUCAAGGCAGGAGAGACAGCGAGAGACUAAAUGUUGUGAGAUUCAGAAAACCAGUAAAUACAGCUCAAACUGAGGCAUUGUGUUUUUGGAUUGUCAGUAUUAGUAACAAAGGAAAGCUGAUUUUGCUCUAAUUGUACCACUGUCACAGCACAACAGCGCCACCCACAGGGGAAUCUGAACCUGGCUGUUAGAUGUAGGAGCAAGUGUACAUAAAUUGCGAUUGAGUGGCUAUGAAUUAUGGGUUAUUAAAGCUUUGGUCAUUAUUUCUCAAGUUAACAUUUUUUUUUCAUUUCUUUCUUACUCACAUAUCCAUCUUGGCUUAACUGACUGGACUGAUGCACCACUGAGAUGCUACUAUCAGUGUGUACUACUUCCUGUAUGCUUUAAUAAACUGUACGCUAACUGUGGAAUGUUCCAUUUUUAAAUGUAAUAAAAUUCAAUGUUUGACACU